AUGUUUAAGAAACUCAAAGGUUGUUAUGAAACUUUCAUUAAGUCCCUUUUCUCUUCUGAGGAGGAUGAGCCUGAUGAUUCAACUGACAGUGUUUUUAACAGGCAAAAUAUUAUAGUAUAUGGCACUCAGCUGAGAAGUACAGAGCUGCCCAUGGAGCAGAGAGCCAAAGCGGCAGCUAGCAUCGGACUGCUAGCAUACACAGGUGAGCCAAAUGCUGGAACAUAUGCUUCAGAGUAUAUUCAGGACCUAUAUGAUAUCUUGCUGCUGCCAGAUAUUUCAGCCAAAGUGAAGAUCCUAGUGCUGCAAGGGCUGGCUGGUAUCUGCUACAUAAAUUACAACAACCAAAACAAAGCAAAAGACUUAAAUCUCACUGAUGCUGUUCUUGCUUGCCUUGAUGAAGACAAAGAUUCCUCUUCAGAUAAGCCAGAGGGCAUCUUGGUUAAAUCCUGGACCUGUUACUUCCUGACUGUCAUGUGUUACAACAAUAUCCCUUACAUUAAAAUACUUCAUGAAAAGGGAGGUGAAAUGCUAGAAAAUAAGCUGGAACUCCUGGCUAGCUUGGACUGGUCUAGUUGGCCAUGUAAUUAUGCAGAAUUAUUAUCCUCCCUUCUAGGGUUUCAGAAGUCUCAAAAUACUUCCAAUACUUAA